UGCCAUAUAAACUCGGAUCAGUCAGCUGCGUGGCGCUUGCGUUAGCUAGGUUAUAUCGGAUUUACGGAGCAUCGUGAUUUAAGUUGGACACUGAAGAUGCGAGAAUAAGAAUCCAGGGUCUGUGUGCAGUCUUUACCUAAGAGCAAGAGGAGAAAGAUGAUAAUGGUGGUGCUGUGUGGGAUGACCCAGAUACCACCAAAGUCUUGCAGAUGGCUCUGUUUAAAGAAAAAAUACCUUCACACAGGUCUGCCGCUAUAACUGCUGCUGACGCUCCUGAGGAGAUUCAGGAAAAUAAGAAUAGUCAGGUCCAGGCAAGGGUGAACAGACUGAAACGACCUAAGAAGACUGCAGAUACUAAACCUGAGCUCUGUAUACAAGUCACUGCCAGUGAUCAGAAAUGCUGCCAAUCUGCACAAACAUCCACUACAACUGUAAACGAGAGCAAACUGGGGCAAACUCUGAGGGAGGACGGUGGAUGCUGCACAUUACCUUCAGAAAGGCUCUUAAAGCAAAGUAACCUCAAUACGAUGACAGUGAAAGCUAGCAGCUUGCAGCUAAACAAUUCAGCUUUCUGUUUGAGCAGCGCUUAUACAGAACCAGACGUAAUUGACCUUUGUGAAGAUGAAGAAAAUAAUUUGCACAUGCUUCUUACUGAUGGACAUUUGAAGAAACACUAUGAACAUACUGAUUCACCACAAAUCACAAAAAUGAGGAUAAUAAUGCCCAGAACCAGUGAAGAUGAUUUACGGACAUUUCCUCAGACGGUUCACUGCAACGCUUUCAAAUCACUGACCACCUUAAAGAGCCACAGAGAGAUGAGGUUGGGCUGGAGGGAGGAUUUUACUGAUAAAACCUGUGAGGAGCUACUGGAGCAGAUUCAGGCUCAGAAUCCGCGCUUUGCAGUCCAUCAAUUCUUCUCCCUUCUGCAGAAACGAGGGAGCCAGUUUAAAAAGAGUUUCCCUGGCCUCGGGACGAUUUCACACACCCCCAGUGCUCCAGUCUUCAGAAAGAGGAAACAGGAUGUAGAAGUUCUCCAUGGUGACCAGGCCCUAAAGCGACAGCGGUGUAGUGAAGAGCUGAACCUAGACAAAGUGUGUGUGAAUGCCUCCGACAGUGUAAACACACACAAUCCUCACAGAUGCCACAGUAAAGCCCCCAGCAAGAGCAGGCUAAGCGUGAGCCGGAGAAGGAAACAGCAGAACCCUGCUCCAUCUGCUGUCCUGCAUCCAGAGCAGAGUGUGUGCUCUACGGGAGAAAAGGCACCACUAGAAUGUGUGACGAGGAUGAGGGAGGAGGAUGUGCUGUGGACGGAGAAGUACCAGCCUCAGCACUCAGGCGGGAUCAUCGGAAACUCUGCUUCAGUGGGGAAACUGCACAGCUGGCUGAAAGAGUGGAGGAUGAGAGCAGACGUGGAGGAGAGAAGGAGGAGACGAGAGGAACGGUGCAGGAUGCAGGAGGAGAACAGUGAGUCGUGGGACUGUGGUGAUUUUGUGGGAGAGUCCUUGAUGAUAGAGGAUCAGGUGGAGCUGUGUAACACUGUGCUGAUUGUGGGACCUGUUGGGGUGGGGAAGACUGCAGCUGUGUACGCCUGCGCUGAAGAGCUGGGAUAUAAGGUGUUUGAGGUGAACAGCUCAUCUCUGCGCAGUGGACAGCUUGUUCUCUCUCAGCUCAGAGAAGCCACUCAGUCUCACCAGUUGGGGGCGCUCCGGCCUGACUCCCCAAAACCCCACAGCAGCCUAAGCACUGAUGCAGUCGAACUUCCAGCUUCCAGAGCAGCUCCUGCAGCCACUUUUAAAGAAGAGACUUCCAGGAAAGCUGUGGCUUCCUCCAAGAAAAGCUCCCGGAGCGUUCCCCGAAACAAGAGCUCUGCUCCAGCCGUGACCAUCAAACAUUUCUUUAAGAGAACUGACAGGCCUGUGAACAAGAUCAGUGAUCUUCAGCAAGACCAUCAAGAUUCUUAUUCAGUCAAGCCUGAUGUGAUUCCUGAGUGCGACUCUAAAGCUGGAGCCUCCAGUGAUGAACAUGCACUGAACACUGAAGACCCUCAGUUAAACAGACGACCCCAGACACCUCCCAUAUCUCUCAUACUGUUUGAGGAGGUUGACAUCAUCUUCAGUGAGGAUGUGGGCUUUCUCACAGCCAUAAAGACCUUAAUGACCACAACUAAGAGGCCCAUUAUUCUGACAACAAAUGAUCCUUUGUUUAGUAAAACCUUUAAUGGUCACUUUGAGAAAAUAUACUUCAAAACUCCUUCAGUGGAAAUCACCAGAAGUUACCUGCAGUGCUUGUGUGUGGUGGAGAAUGUGUGGCCAGACCCAGAGGACCUCAGCUUCCUGCUGGAGGAGUGUAAAGGUGAUGUGAGGAGGAGUGUGUUGGAGCUGGAGCUGUGGGCUUGCAGCGGAGGAGGACAAACACACCAACACAAUCUGAACAAAACACUGACGUGUGGCUCCUGGGCUGAGCUGGACAGCAGUGAGAGUGUGGAUGUCUUGGUGGAGAACUGGAGGAUGGGACGCAGUCUUUUCUACUCAAACCUAGAGCUGCUGUUCAGUUCACACUCCAGAUCAUCUGAGAACAUGGAUAAAAAGAACAUCUUCAAUGCAGAUAAAAGCAUCAAGUUUGUGAAGACGCUGUUGAAUGACGACACUUCAUCCAGCUCAGUUCCAAAAAAGUCAAAAACACUUUCAAGACUGAAAGGGAGGAAACUUUCAGCUGGAGAUGAACUGAAAAUGACACAUAAGUCUUCUUCAAAGUGUUUCCAUGUUUUAUUUGAUAGAUUUAACCAAUCCUCAUGUCCUGCAACAAGGAUAGACCAAUUAGAAAGUAUCUCAGCUGAAAAAAGCUUAUCUAAGGUAAAGUCUUGCUACCUGGAGUCAGUGGCGCAGUUUUUUGACACCAUGUCUUUCCUGGACACUUGUAUUUACAAGCAGAAGCUGCAGGUUCCAGGGCAGUGCCAGCCUGGUCCACUGGGCUGGAUGGGAGCCCAUCUGACUGAUAGUUUAGUGGAUGAGCUGAGAGAGGAUGGGGUAAAUACACACUUGGAGAAAAGUUAUGAGUUCCUGUCUGUGUUGGAAGGUCUGGGCUUCCACCAGUGUAGAGCUGAACUGUCUGAGGCUCAGAGAACACUGGAGAAACUGACGGCGGGGAUUGGGGGAGAAAGACUUCUCCAACUAACGGAAGAACUAAUUUCUGAAUCAUCAGAUGCUCAUGUCUCUCAGAAUAAACCCAGUGUUGCCCUCAAGAGAAGAAGAGAGGUCCUAAACAAGCUGCUCUCCAGCAAAGCUUUCUGUUGUCAUGGUAACAAGAAAGCGGUUGCUGUGGAUUACCUGCCUGCCCUUCGCUCCAUUUGCAGAAGUGAAAGUGUGAAGCAGCAAAACGGACCCAGAUUUAUACACUACCUCAGCGACAUUCGCCUGCCCCUCCCCAAGAGCGUUUUUCAACUGCUAGCCUCAGAUCUACACUGACACUGCACUGUGGAGCUUCUGACUGUUUCCUGUUAGCUCUGUAUAAAUCUACACUGAUCUAAAAACAACUCUAUUUAAUAUAAUAAAUAUUUAUAUUUUCUUA